GAAACGGGUUUCGACGCACGCGGGGAGCUAUCGAAGCGUUGCAGUUGUUUUGCGAGGGGUUGUUUUGGUUGAGCUGGUUGUAACACAAGCGCACCGAAUUAAUGUGGGAGCUAUUGUCGUAGGAACCUAUUUACACUUUGUGGCAAACGGCGACCAUUGAGGCUUGUGCUGUCAGACUCCAGCCAUGGAAACGCUCUUGGAGCAGCAGAGAAGUAAGCACGAGGAACGGGAACGCCUGAUCGAGGCCAUGAAGAAAGAGAUGCUGCACAAGAAGUCCUCCAACCGGGACCGGAUCAACUCCGACCACAGGCUGAAGCUGAUGCUGGACCGCCACCUCGACUGUAGCCAGAUGCUCAAGGACCUGUAUGAGGACAAGGACGGCGUGCGAAAGGAGGAGGUGGCCGCGCUCUCCGGCCCCAACGAGUUCGCCGAGUUCUACAACCGCCUGAAGACCAUCAAGGACUUCCAUAAGCGCCACCCCAACGAGAUCAGCGUGCCCAUGUCGAUGGACUUCGACGAGCUGGACAAGGUUCGCGAGCAGAGCAACGACGAGACGGUGAUGGCCGAGUUCACCGACGAGGAGGGCUACGGCAAGUACCUGGACAUGCACGAGUGCUACACCAAGUACGUCAACCUCAAGGGCGUCGAGAAGGUCGACUACGUCACCUACCUCAGCGUGUUCGACCAGCUGUUCGAGGUGCCGCGCGACCGGAAGAACUCCGAGUACCGCGCCUAUCUGGAGACGCUGCUCGACUACCUACACGACUACCUUCUCAGGGUGAAGCCGCUGACAGACGUCGAGGAGAGCAUCAAGACCGUGUUGGAGGAGUUCAACAAGAAGUGGGAAGCAGGAACGUUCCCCGGCUGGCCGAAGGAGACGGGCGGCGCGCUGACGCACGGCGGCGCGCACCUGGACCUGUCGGCCUUCUCCUCGUGGGAGGAGCUCGCCUCGCUCGGCCUCGACCGGCUCAAAUCGGCGCUGAUGGCGCUCGGCCUCAAGUGCGGCGGCACGCUCGAGGAGCGCGCCCAGCGGCUCUUCUCCACGAAAGGGAAGCGACUGCAGGACGUGGACCAGUCGCUGUUCGCCAAGAAGCAGAACCUCCGCGCCGGCAAGAAUAAGGAGGCGGAGAAGUCUCGCGACCUGGCAUUCCUCGAGGCCCAGGUGUACUGGUUCGUGGAGUCGCUCUCGGAGCAGCGCGCCGCCACCAAGGAAAACGUGGAGCGGCGUCAGGCGCGCACUGACGGCGAGCGCGACGAGUCGGACGCCGAGGCGAGCGAGCCCGACAGCGACGACGAGGAAGACGACGUGCCCUACAACCCCAAGAACCUGCCGCUCGGCUGGGACGGCAAGCCCAUCCCCUACUGGCUGUACAAGCUGCACGGGCUGAACAUCAGCUACACCUGCGAGAUAUGCGGCAACUUCGUCUACAAGGGGCCCAAGGCGUUCCAGCGUCACUUCGCCGAGUGGCGGCACGCCAACGGCAUGCGCUGCCUGGGCAUUCCGAACACGGCUCACUUCGCCAACGUGACGCAGAUCGAGGACGCGCUGGCGCUCUGGGAGCGGCUCAAGGUGCAGAAGACCUCCGGCAGGUGGCAGGCCGACGCCGAGGAGGAGUACGAGGAUUCGCAGGGCAACGUGGUCAACCGCAAGACGUUCGAGGACCUGAAACGGCAGGGGCUGUUGUAGGCCGUCGUCGGGGUCCACGCUGUGUCGGUUGGCUGCGGGCCCCCGGUGCAGCCGCCUCAUUUUGUCGUCCGUGUCCGUCAUACAAAGUCUCAUAGGGGUUCGACGGUGGUGAGCUGUGUUGUGUGUGUGGCCCGGCGGACUCCUCCUGUGUGAAGCGGCUCCGUUGCUGCCGGUAAGCGAUCCUGAGGGAGGGCGCCGUGCUGACUGCGACGCCGCCCGUUUCCGCUCGUUCUCUCA